AUGGGAGAUUAUUUAAAAACAGGAUCAGUAAAUUAUGAUUUAGAAAUAUUGAAAAAAAAACCUGAAAAAAAAUUAUCAUUUGACAAACAAAAUUUAUACCUACAAGGAUAUGGAAGACAAUGGGGUGAAAAAUUAGUAUACAGUGUUGGAUUGGCCUAUGGUUCGGGUUUAAUAUUAGGAGGAGGGUGUGGUUUAUUAAGUGGAAUUGUGAAAGGAGGAAAAACAAAAAAACUUUUUUUAAAUUCAGUUUUAAAUUCUACGUCUGCUAUUGGACCAAAUGUUGCUAACCAAAUGGCAUCACUUACUAUGAUAUAUUAUGCCUUAAAUAAUUUUGUAAAGCUGUUUACAAAAAAUGAUGAAGUUUACAAUUCAUCUAUUGCCGGUUUUUUUGCUGGGUGUGUAUAUAAAAGUUCAUCAAACUAUAAAAUUAUGGGAAGUUACUCAAUACUUUCAUCAGCUGCUUUUUCUCUUAUAGAUUAUGGAUUUAAAAAGGGUUAUAUUUAG